GGAUUGUUGCCCGCCGGGCGCCCUCCCGCAGCGUCAGCAACAGCCGGAGCCGAGGCCGCGGUGGCGGCUGUGCCCAUGCCGGGGUGCCCACAUUUAGCCACUCUCCCGUCACCACCUUGCCUCACCUCGGCACUGGGACCUUAGGUGGACAUCUGUCCCUCAUUGCAGCUUAGCGGAGGCUGCACCAGCGAGAAGACCCAACAAGCAAGAUGGGCGACAUGGCCAACAGUUCCAUUGAGUUCCACCCCAAGCCCCAGCAACAGCGGGAGGCACCCCAUGUGGGUGGCUUCGGGUGCACUCUGGCUGAGCUGCGCAGCCUCAUGGAGCUCCGAGGGGCUGAGGCAUUGCAAAAGAUCCAGGAAACCUAUGGGGAUGUCAGUGGGCUUUGCAGGAGGCUGAAGACCUCACCCACCGAGGGCCUGGCGGAUAACACCAAUGACUUGGAGAAGCGCAGACAGAUCUACGGGCAGAACUUCAUUCCCCCAAAGCAACCCAAGACCUUCCUGCAGCUGGUGUGGGAGGCCCUGCAGGACGUAACGCUCAUCAUCCUGGAGGUGGCUGCCAUCGUCUCCCUCGGCCUUUCCUUCUAUGCACCACCUGGAGAAGAAAGUGAAGCCUGUGGGAAUGUGUCCGGUGGGGCAGAAGAUGAGGGAGAGGCCGAGGCUGGCUGGAUCGAGGGGGCCGCCAUCUUGCUGUCUGUCAUCUGCGUGGUGCUCGUCACAGCUUUCAACGACUGGAGCAAGGAGAAGCAGUUCAGAGGUCUGCAGAGUCGCAUUGAGCAGGAGCAGAAGUUCACAGUCAUACGGAAUGGGCAGCUGCUGCAGGUCCCUGUGGCUGCACUGGUGGUGGGGGACAUCGCUCAGGUCAAGUAUGGAGACCUGUUGCCUGCCGACGGCGUGCUCAUCCAGGGCAAUGACCUCAAGAUCGAUGAGAGCUCCCUGACUGGAGAGUCGGAUCACGUUCUCAAAGCAGCAGACAAAGACCCUAUGCUGCUGUCAGGCACCCAUGUCAUGGAAGGUUCUGGAAGAAUGGUGGUGACAGCUGUGGGUGUGAACUCACAGACAGGCAUCAUCUUUACGUUGCUUGGAGCUGGUGGAGAGGAGGAAGAGAAGAAGGAUAAGAAAGGCAAACAGCAGGAUGGGGCGAUGGACAGUAGCCAGACAAGAGCUAAGAAGCAGGAUGGGGCUGUUGCCAUGGAGAUGCAGCCUCUGAAGAGCGCUGAGGGUGGAGAGAUGGAGGAGCGGGAGAAGAAGAAAGCCAACGUGCCCAAGAAGGAGAAGUCAGUGCUACAGGGGAAACUCACAAAACUGGCUGUGCAGAUUGGAAAAGCAGGGCUAGUGAUGUCUGCCAUCACCGUCAUCAUCCUGGUCCUCUACUUCGUGAUCGAGACCUUUGUCGUGGAUGGCCGGGUCUGGCUAGCAGAGUGCACGCCUGUCUAUGUGCAGUACUUCGUGAAGUUCUUCAUCAUCGGCGUCACCGUAUUGGUUGUGGCCGUCCCAGAGGGCCUCCCUCUCGCUGUCACCAUCUCCUUGGCCUACUCUGUCAAGAAAAUGAUGAAGGACAAUAACCUGGUACGUCACCUGGAUGCCUGCGAGACCAUGGGCAAUGCCACAGCCAUCUGUUCCGAUAAGACGGGCACACUCACCACCAACCGCAUGACAGUGGUUCAGUCCUACCUAGGAGACACUCACUACAAAGAGAUUCCGGCUCCAAGCGCCCUGACCCCCAAGAUCCUCGACCUCCUGGUCCACGCCAUCUCCAUCAACAGUGCCUAUACCACCAAAAUACUACCUCCAGAGAAGGAAGGCGGCCUCCCACGGCAAGUGGGCAACAAGACGGAGUGCGCUCUGCUGGGUUUUGUCCUGGACCUGAAGCAAGACUUCCAGCCUGUGCGGGAGCAGAUACCAGAGGAUAAGCUUUACAAAGUGUAUACCUUCAACUCAGUGCGCAAGUCCAUGAGCACGGUCAUCCGCAUGCCCGACGGUGGCUUCCGCCUCUUCAGCAAGGGGGCCUCCGAAAUCCUGCUCAAAAAGUGUACCAACAUCUUAAACAGCAAUGGUGAGCUCCGAGGGUUCCGUCCUCGGGACCGGGAUGACAUGGUGAAGAAGAUCAUUGAGCCAAUGGCUUGCGAUGGCCUCCGCACCAUCUGUAUUGCCUACCGAGAUUUCUCUGCGAACCAGGAGCCUGACUGGGACAACGAGAACGAGGUGGUGGGUGACCUCACCUGCAUAGCUGUCGUGGGCAUUGAGGAUCCCGUGCGGCCUGAGGUCCCUGAAGCUAUUCGCAAAUGUCAGCGUGCUGGCAUCACAGUCCGCAUGGUGACUGGGGACAACAUCAACACAGCCCGAGCCAUUGCAGCCAAGUGUGGCAUCAUCCAGCCAGGGGAGGACUUCCUGUGCCUGGAGGGGAAGGAAUUCAACCGGAGGAUCCGCAAUGAGAAAGGCGAGAUAGAACAGGAGCGUCUGGACAAGGUGUGGCCCAAGCUGAGGGUUCUCGCACGGUCAUCUCCCACUGACAAGCAUACUCUGGUCAAAGGGAUCAUCGAUAGCACCACCGGUGAGCAGCGGCAGGUGGUAGCUGUGACUGGAGAUGGCACCAACGAUGGGCCGGCCCUCAAAAAGGCAGAUGUGGGCUUUGCCAUGGGCAUUGCAGGUACUGACGUGGCCAAGGAGGCUUCUGACAUCAUCCUGACAGAUGACAACUUUACCAGCAUUGUCAAGGCAGUGAUGUGGGGCCGUAACGUCUAUGACAGCAUCUCCAAGUUCCUGCAGUUCCAGUUGACUGUCAAUGUGGUGGCUGUGAUUGUGGCUUUCACAGGUGCCUGCAUUACUCAGGACUCUCCUCUCAAAGCCGUGCAGAUGUUGUGGGUGAACUUGAUCAUGGACACGUUUGCCUCUCUGGCCCUGGCAACGGAGCCACCCACUGAGUCACUGCUGCUGAGGAAGCCAUAUGGCCGGGACAAGCCUCUCAUCUCACGUACCAUGAUGAAAAACAUCCUUGGCCAUGCUGUCUAUCAGCUCACCAUCAUCUUUACCCUGCUUUUUGUUGGGGAGCUCUUCUUUGAUAUUGACAGUGGGAGGAACGCACCCCUACACUCACCCCCUUCUGAACACUACACCAUCAUCUUCAACACCUUCGUCAUGAUGCAGCUCUUCAACGAGGUCAAUGCCCGCAAGAUCCACGGUGAGAGGAAUGUCUUCGAUGGCAUCUUCGGCAACCCCAUUUUCUGCACCAUUGUCCUGGGCACCUUUGGAAUUCAGAUUGUCAUCGUCCAGUUUGGUGGGAAGCCCUUCAGCUGUUCUCCGUUGUCCACAGAACAGUGGCUCUGGUGCCUGUUUGUUGGUGUUGGGGAGCUGGUUUGGGGACAGGUCAUUGCCACCAUCCCCACCAGCCAGCUUAAGUGCCUGAAGGAAGCAGGGCACGGGCCCGGGAAGGACGAGAUGACCGACGAGGAGCUGGCUGAGGGGGAGGAGGAGAUCGACCACGCAGAAAGGGAGCUCCGCAGAGGCCAGAUCCUCUGGUUUCGGGGCCUCAACCGGAUCCAGACACAGAUGGAGGUAGUGAGUACCUUCAAGAGAAGCGGGUCAUUUCAGGGUGCUGUGCGCCGGCGGUCUUCAGUCCUCAGCCAGCUCCAUGACAUCCGGGUGGUGAAAGCAUUCCGUAGCUCGCUCUACGAAGGCCUAGAGAAACCAGAAUCCAAGAGCUGCAUCCAUAACUUCAUGGCAACGCCCGAGUUUCUGAUCAAUGACUACACCCACAACAUCCCGCUCAUCGAUGACACAGAUGUGGAUGAGAAUGAGGAGCGCCUGAGGGCCCCGCCCCCCCCGCCCCCCAACCAGAACAACAAUGCCAUAGACAGCGGCGUCUACCUGACCACGCAUGCCACCAAGUCAGCUACCUCUUCAGCGUUCUCUCCCAGGCCUGGGAGCCCGCUCCACAGCAUGGAGACGUCCCUCUAACCUGAACAUGUCUUAGCUCAUGUGUACGCGCGCGCGCACACACCCACACACACGCACGCACGCACGCACACAGGCACACUUGAACAUACACACAGUCACACAUACACAGGGGAACCCAUACACCUGCCAAAGAGGGAAAUAACUAAGGAGGCUGAAGACUUUUCGUACAUGGUCUUUAUGAGAGACAAAAUACAUCCAAUAAGGGCGCAGCCCACCAGGCUUCUCACUUGAGACCCAGGAGGAGGAGGCGGAGGAGGAGGGAGAGACCCUUCAACCAGUGGCAAGAAGGAGAAAGGAGUGAGAAAAGCUGUGCUCCUCACCUUUUCUUUUUUCUACCGACGCUUCUUUUGGAAACACCCUAGUUCUAUUGUGUGUGCACCAUUUAGGCUAUGCAGCGAGAUGAGGGCUGGUGGGGCCUCUUGGGAGCUUUGCUGCACCCCACUUGGGAGAAAUCAGAUCAAAACACAGGCACCAAAGCCAGGAAGGAGGCUACUGUCCAAGCAGGCCACCGGAGGGAGCCACCUGCACCCACAGAGGACCUCCCCAUCCAGAGCACUCUAGAUCCAUCUGCGGCCCGCAUGGAUGUGCGUAUGUGUCUAUAUGUAUGUGUGUGUCUAUGCAUAUACAUAUAUAUGGCAAGAUGCGUAUUUAGAUGCAUAUUUAAAGAAUAAGGAACUAUUUGUUGGCAUGAGAUUUCCAUUCCUCUUAGCAGGCAGUUUCCUUUUGAAAUUUCAGUACCGAAUGUAGCGAGGUUCUUUCCAGGGACCGAGGCUGCAACAUCAUCUCAGUUACUAUACUGCCCUCCCCAAGCUCCCAUCCCUGCCUGGCCUGCUGAGAUCCGAGAGGAGGAGGUCUGGAGAGUGCUGCGUGGGGCCUGGAGGCCUUACCCUUGGAACAUUUGCACUUUGAGACCCCUGCCUAUAGAGGAGAAAGACCUUUCCGUGGCAUUUUUUUUUUUUUUAAUUUAAAAGGAAAAUACCAAAGCGUUGAUGAGAAUGGUCCCUUCCUGCAGGCAGCAAGGCAAGUUUUAGUUUGGGCUUCCUUCCACUUCAGUUCCAACUCCUGCACCCUGGCUGGCGGCUUGCUUUGUGCACAUCCCCACUUUAAGAGCAUGAAGUACUGUGCGUGAGGUGUGGGUCCUACGACAGCCCCCUCCCCGUGUGACCUAGUGGCAGGAACAGCUGCAGUAGCCUGAGCUCAACAGAGGCUGACUGAGGGCAGUGUUCAAACACAUCCCCGCCAGCUCCUCUACCCUCACGCUCCAUGCUUGGACAAAUGACAGUGAGCGCCUGCUGGACUGACCACCCCAGCGUCUGCCAGAGCUCGGGGAAUGCCACCCACCGAAGCAUGCUUCCAGCCCCACCUUCACACCCACGGGACAACUGCAACCUAACAAGGCCGUGGCGGAGAAGCAAGAUCUCUUGGAGAAACGGGAUUUUAUUGCUGUUGUCAUCACUCUCAUCAUGCCAGUGGCUUUUCUGGGCCUACGGGGACCAAGCAUGUGGCCAGCAGGGCUUGUGCCCCACCCAGGCAGGCAAGGCUAGUCAGCCAGCCACAAGGGGCCAGGUCUGGGACUCCCAAGACCAUUCCCCCGGGAACUUGUCCUGGCUGUGUGGGCAUUCUGUGUAUGGAGCCGCAGCUUUCCCCAAACACGUGACAGCGGGAGGCAGAGAGUCCCGGGGCUGAUAAGUCUUCUCAGUGGUGGGCCGACCCUCUUCCGUGUCCCCAGGUCCUAAGUCUGGUGAAGUGGGCAGCAUUUUGCCCAUUAGGUUCCCUCACUUUCUGAACUUCUGGGUAUCAUGAUUUACAAAGAGGUGGCUUGGGUCUCACUCCAUUUGCACACAUACCUGUCACUUGGGCGUGAGGCUCAGCUGAGGGACGCAGGUUGAGGACAGGGAAGAGGCUACUUAGUACCCCCAGGAGCUGUGCCCAUCCCACCCCAUCCUGCAUUAACCCUCCACAGCAGGCUUGCCUCAGCUCCCCAGCAUCUACAGAGAGCCAAAUGGAAAAGUGUUCCAUCCACUGGUCCCAUCAAUGCCAUGUCACCCCUGAGCAGGAGUAGUCAAAUCUCGGGCAAAAGAAUUUUGGUUAGGAGAGAAAAAAUCACUUUAAAAUGCCAGCUACAGGUCACUUAAAGCCAUCCCUUUUUUCUAAAGGGCACAUUGAGAAUGUUACCCAUUUGUAAAUUGUUCCCUGAUGUCCUUGUUCAAACCACCACAACAAAGGGCAACUCAGUUUGUUGAGGGUCUUUGUUCUUCAAUAAGAAAUCAAACAUAGAGGGCUGCAGUCUAAGCAGGUCAGCUGCAUCCAGCUACGCUCAUGGGCUUCUUGUGUCCUCUGUCUACAACGAUAGAGCAAAUGGCCACUAUAUAUUAAAAAGCCAACCCUCACUGCUGCUGUGUAAAGUUGCCUGACGUCAGUGUUGACUGUGUGAUGCCCGCGCUGCCUUUGUGCUGAGCUGUGGGGUUCAGAGAAGGCGCUGGGAACUCACAUCUUCUGUCCUGGUUCUUGUACAGUCUUCAGGCCAAGGGGCCUGGCUCAUCGGGAAGCUUCUCUUUAUAAAGCAUUAUAUCAUAUGGAAUGGCUUGGUCAACUGUGUUCAGUUAAUAAAUAUGUUUUACGUUUUUAUCUGCCUGUUAUAACGAUGAACAAAAAUCUUAAUGAGGAAGACCACAGAUGCAUAAUAAUUCAGUCUGUAGUUGAAUUUCCUAAUUUAAAGAAUAGACCAAGAUUUCUGUGUAUAAAACAAAUGAAAGGCUCCUACAAUCCUG